UAAAGGACCUAUUAACGCACUUAAACAUUGAAGGUUAAUUUCAGUUCAGCCGAUGUUGAGAGCCUGACCGUACCGUACUCUACUGUAUUUACGGAACUAAUCCGCUGGGAUCUGUUUCCUCAAGGGAUUUAAUUUUCUGAAGGGAGCGUUUUUUUCGUUGCCUUGGUAAUUUGGUGCCUUGGAAGCGAUUACCGAAAAUCCGACACGUUAGCUUGAUAGCUAGCUAAUUAGAUUUAGAAUGGACGUGAAAGAGCGAGAUCUGCUGGGUGGUGCAGAGAACAUCGUUGAAAUGAUGGACUUGGAGGAAGAGAAUUUUGCUGUUUCAAACUCAUCAGAUGCUGAUGCUGCCUUUGAUGCUGUCAUUGGGAGUAUUGAAGACAUCAUCAUGGAGGAUAACUUCCAGCACCUGCAACAGAGCUUCAUGGAAAAACACUACCUGGAGUUUGAUGACUCAGAGGAGAACAAACUCACCUACACACCCAUCUUCAACGAAUAUAUUGAGAUGCUUGAGAAACGCCUCGAGCAGCAGCUGAUGGAGAGGAUUCCCUGUUUCAACAUGAGCACAUUUAACCAUUUACUCAAGCAGCACAAAGAUGAGGUGUCAGGAGACAUCUUCGACAUGUUGCUUACCUUUACAGAUUUUAUGGCCUUCAAGGAAAUGUUAAUUGACUACAGAGCAGUGAGUAACAACCCAGAAUGUUUCCGAUUGGAUGUUUUUAUUUUAGGAUCUGCACUAAUCAUUUGUGAGAGAGGAUUGUUUCCUCUGUUGUUGUGUGUCAGAAACAUAGAGAUAGGUGGAGGACUCUAGUGCCCAAAAACCAGUUUAGUAUGGGCAGUGCCAUUGAGGACUUUAACCAUUUUGAAGUAGUCAACUGUGUGGGACUUCCUAAGGGUUAAGGAAGGAUCUCAUAAUUCCAUCCAGGUCACCAGGAAGGAUCAGAUAAUAAAUUAUACUUGUGAGGAAACAUUCCAUAACUGCAGGUGGCAGUAAAUCAUCAACAUUGGCUUUAUACCUGUUCAAACAGAACAUUACAAGUGGCACUAUGCACCCUUUCAGUUUCUUUGCCAACUCAUAGAAAUAGUAGAACAAUAAAAGUGACUACCUCAAAAGGAGACGGCAUCAAUGGUGCUGCUUGUGCUCUCAUAGACGCCAUGAUGUGAUGUCUAUAUGCUCAGCACCUAUACCUUCUGUCUUCAGGAGAGGGAGGGCCGAGGGCUGGACCUCGGUGAUGGCCUAGUCGUGAGGUCUCUCAGCUCUGCAACCUCUAAACCCAUCACCUCCAGAACAACAGAACUGAAAUAACUAAUUAACAAUCAUCCCCAAACCUACAAACAUGCACAUUCAUGUCAAGUAGAGUAGUGCCGCUGGUGACCGAACAUAAGUGUUCAUGUCUUGCCCAUGCUCACCUUUUGUAUUUGAACUGUUGCAGGUUUGCAAUGGGAAUGUUAUCAGUAUAUUUUACAUCUAGCCAUUCUCUGGUGAAGAUGGAUACUUUUGUCCUCAUGGAACAAGUUUUUUUAAAUUGAAAUUGUGAACUCAAUUAUUUUGAAUUUUGUGUCUGAUUUUUACAUCAGUACACAUGUCUGAAGUUCUAAAACGAACAGUAUUUUUAUUACGUCACGCACUCAGUGAAUGUCACCGGUUUGUGCAUAUUUGCUUAUGUCCCAUUGUCUGUAAAUAAGGGUUUCAAAUAAAGACAUUCUGUA